AUGGACCUGGACAUUGAGAACGGCAGCCAGUUGUCUUUAGCUUGUGUUGGACAUACAAUGCAACAAUCAUCUAUGUAUCGGCAGUACAAUAGAGAUGGAACCUUUAUUUGCCUGACGUUGACAAUUGACACAACAGCUCCAAAUGCUGUUAAUAAUCAAGGGGCAAGAGUAACGGUACUCGACAACAUUCAUUUGUCCGAUAAUGCUGUUGACUUUCUGAGCCUUGGACCAAUUUCAUUUUCAAUUUCACAUCGAAUAGAUGGGUCAACAUUCCGUAAAGUCACAGUAGGCCUCCACAAGCUUCGGGACCAGCUUCGAAUCAGAACUAGGAAUGAAAGUAACCAUCAGCACACUGCACCUAUAAGCAGAAGAGCGUUACCCCCAACACCAUUUCCGCGCAACUUUUAUAAAGAACCCGAACCAGCUCGCGAAACAGACACAAAAUUUAGAAUUCUAUUAUCUGGGGUGUUGUCCGCUUACAACCAUCAUAGACGACUCACCCUUAACAAUCUUACGCGCGAGCAAUGGCAGGGUUUGAAGGAAAUCCGCGAAAUGACUACAAGAGGGGAUAUACGCCUUUCAGUAAGCGAUAAGGGUGGGGAAUUCGUAGUCAUGUCACAGGCUCUUGAUCGGGAAAUAACAAAUCUUCACUUGCAAGAUGAAACGAUCUAUCGCCGCGUAACAGAGAAAGAAUUCCUUGUGCAGUGCAAACGCUUGAAUCAUGUAUGGAUGACUAUGGGAAAAUCUGCUGGCCUUGACGAACGAUUUGUUAGCUGCCUAAAGCUUGACAAACCGACCUGUCCUGUGUUCUACAGCCUCAUCAAAACGCAUAAGCUGAAACCCGAUGAGGUCAACUCAACAUCAGCGGCCACAUUCAAAAUCCGACCAAUAAUAAGUUGUGUGGGAGGACCAACGGAUCGCAUUUCGUGGUUCCUUAAUAAAAUCGUGAGUCAAAUUUUGCCUAAAAUACCAUCUCAUUUGUCGAACACGCACCAUUUCCUUGAGCGAUUACGCAAUGCGAGAGUUGAGGGCAACUGCGUAAUAGAGUCUUUUGAUGUAACCUCACUCUACACGAAUGUAAAAAACAGUGAGGCGCUGCAAGCUCUCUCUGAGAUGAUAGAUUUAUAUGGUAACAACUUGGAAACAUAUGGACUAAGUAAAUCUCGCAUAAUAACGCUUAUCAAGGAAUGCUUGAAUUGUAAUAUCUUCAGGUGGUCAGGAAAUUAUUUCGCGCAACUGAGAGGGCUAGCAAUGGGUCAACGAUUAGCACCAGUACUGGCGAUCCGCUUCAUGAGCAGAAUCGAAGAACCAGUACUUUCGCGUAGACCAAUAAUGUAUUGCAGAUAUAUUGACGACUGUUGCAUCAUAACAUCAACACAGUCCGAAAUGGACGAGUGUUUCCGAAUACUCAACCAACAAUCGCAAUAUAUAAGACUCACACGAGAAACCCCAAAAGAAGGAUGGCUUCCGUACCUCAACACACAAAUAAGUACUUCAAACGGCAUUAUUAGAGUAAAGUGGUAUCGCAAAGAAAGUUGCAAGAACAUCAUAUUGCACGCCAAAUCUGCACAUCCGACUGCAGUAAAACGCGCAGUGAUUCGUAAUAUGUUCAAUAGUGAAGUAUGCACUGGCAACCAAGAACGACACGAAUCACGAAGACUAGCCUUGAAAAUCGCAUGUGCCAAUGGCCAUACACGCAGCAUUAUCCAAGCACAAUUACAAAAUGACGUGAUCUUGGUAAAUAUCCCAAAUGCAAACAUCAAAAGCCAGCUUGUUAGAAACAGACUAUAUGAUAGAUACUGCAUCUGUGAAAGAUGUGUUAUUUGUCCUUACGGAAAAACAGGCGACUGCACAAAAAUAGGGGUAAUAUAUGAGAUUGAGUGCUUGAUAUGCAAUGCAACUUACGUUGGGGAGACCGGUAGGAAUCUUGGAGUGAGGAUUAAUGAACACAUGGCCGGAAAACGACGAAAAAGUUUGAUAACACCACUAGGAAGGCACAGACAUGAGGCCCACAACGGGAACGAUUACGAUGUGAAAUGCGUUAUACUGGCUCACGAAACAGAAAUAUCGGCAAGGAAGACGUUGGAGGCGUUUUUUAUUCUUAAAAGAAACCCUUCAAUGAAUAAUAAGAAUGAAUGCUUGUCCAUAACGAAUGAGUUCUUGCCACUUGUACCGCUCUGUGACCUAUGA